UCUAAGCCUCGCUACUAACUACACUUUAUUCAUCCUCCGUGUCAGGAUAAACUCCACUCGUCUCAGUCAACUUUGGACAUUAUUAGGCCCGCUUAGCUUGCUACUUGUUUUAGCGCGCUAGUUAGCUUAGCGUGCUAGUUAGCUUAUCGCGCUAGUUAGCUUAGCUUGUUAGCUGCUAACAAAGAGACGCGGAUUUGAUCAACACAUCGCUUAGUUAAGAUCAAGUGUGAGUGUAAAGUGUUGUGAUUGUGUGAAAAUGUGUGAAAGAACGAUAGCAGAGUACAAAGAAGAACUUUCUCGGACAAAAGAAGAGAACAAGAGACUACGUCAACUACUGGACGCUGUUUUCAAGAAACCUCAAGUUGUGUUACACAGAACAGACGUCUGUGAAAAAUAUCGUCCACCUGAGCAGCAGGAGGGGUCCUCCAGUAUGGAGCAGAAGAGGUCACAGCACCUCCACGUGAAAGAAGAGGAGCCACAGUCCCCCCACUUUAAGGAUGAAGAAAAACAGCGGCUGACCCCCCACUUCAUAGAGGAAGACAAGAGACACCUCAUCAGUGUGAAGAGUGAAGAUGAUGAGGUCAAAAUUGAAAGUGAGGAGAAGAGAGAGGCGGAGCCUCCAAGCAGCAGCUCAACUCAACACAUGACAACAGAAGCUGAUGGAGACCACUGUGGAGGAUCACAAGCAGACAAGAUCUUAGCUCCACUAUCAGAUAGUGAGGACACAACGUCACACUCUCCUGACACUGAUGAUGAACACUCUAAAGAUGAUGCAACAUGUCACACUGACAACACUCACUUCACAUGUUUUCACUGUGACAAAACUUUAAUAUAUCCUAGUAAAUUGAAAAGACACAUGAGAACACACACUGGAGAAAAACCAUUUUCAUGUGCAGAAUGUGGUAAAAGUUUUUUCAGAAAUCAAAGUUUAAAAGCACACAUGAGAACACACACUGGAGAAAAACCAUUUUCAUGGUCAGAAUGUGGUAAACGUUUUUCCAAAAAUCAAAGUUUAAAAGUACACAUGAGAACACACACUGGAGAAAAACCUUUUUCAUGUUCAAUCUGCGGUAAAGAUAUUACUCGAGGGGACAAUUUCAAAACACAUGAAAAUACACACUGGAGAAAAACCUUUUUCCUGCUCAGAAUGUGGUAAAAGUUUUAUAAUAAAUAAACAUUUCAAAAGACACAUGAGAACACACACUGGAGAAAAAACAUUUUCAUGUUCAGAAUGUGGUAAAAGUUUUUUCAGAAAUCAAAGUUUAAAAGCACACAUGAGAACACACAC